AUGAAGAAACAUUUCCUUAGGUUUCCCUCCCCGGUGACCAGAUUGGAACAUUGUAACCUUGUAGUAGGCAAGAAGAAACAUUUCCUGAGACUUCCCCCAACGGUGCUUAGACUGCAACAUUGUGACGCUAAGCUACGAUUCGGUAACACUCACACUGUGGUGACAUUGGGAAGCCUGUUGGAUGACCAGCACUGGCAUUCAGUUCUGAUAGAUCGGUUUAACAAACAAGUCAACCUCACGGUGGACAAAUACACCCAACAUUUCCGUACCAAGGGCGAGUCCGAUGACUUGGACAUCGAUUACGAGUUCAGCUUUGGAGGAAUUCCAGUCUCUGGGAAGCCCGGCGCCUUUCUGAAGAGGAAUUUUCACGGCUGCAUCGAGAACCUGUACUACAACGGAGUGAACGUCAUCGACCUCGCCAAGAGACGCAAACCUCAGAUCUACAUCGUGGGGAAUAUCACCUUUUCCUGCUCUGAACCUCACAUCAUCCCCAUCACCUUCACCAGCCCCAGCACCAGCUACCUCCUCCUGCCCGGCACGCCGCAGCUCGACGAUCUGGCGGUCAGCUUCCAGUUCCGGACGUGGAACGGCGACAGCCUCCUUUUGUCCACCAAGCUCUCCGGAGAUUCCGGGUACCUCCUCCUCCAGCUGUAUUCCGGGAGGUUGCUGCUGAUGAUUCAGGAGAAGCUGCCCAACAUUCUUCCGAUAACCGCAGGUAGCUUUUUAAAUGACGGCUUAUGGCACACGGUGGCGAUUAACAUCAGGAGACACCGAAUCACGCUGACGUUGGACAACGGAGCUACGCCACCUGUCCACGUCACCAUCCCCGCACGGAUUUCCACCGGAUAUCAGUAUUAUUUUGGAGGCUGCCCGGAUCCUCCGUCCGACUGCGUCAAUCCCAUUUCUUCGUUCCAAGGAUGUUUGAGGCUCAUCUUCAUCGAUAAUCAGCCCAAGGACCUCAUUUUGGUUCAGCGCGGCAUGCUGGGAAAUUUCAGUGACUUGCAGAUCGAUAUGUGCGGCAUAAAAGACAGAUGCCUGCCAAAUUACUGCGAACACGGAGGAGCGUGCUCACAGACUUGGAGCGCCUUCCACUGCGACUGCGGCGACACGGGCUACGCCGACGCCACUUGCCAUAGCUCUCUCUACGAACAAUCGUGUGAGGCCUACAAGCACAAGGGUUACCCGUCCGACUACUACUACAUCGACUCGGAUGGCAGCGGGCCCCUCGGCCCCGUGCGCGUCUACUGCAAUCUAACCGAAGAGAAGAUUUGGACCAUCGUUCAACACAACAUCACCGAUCGGACUGCCGUGCGCGGAACGAUUUCUGGGAAGCCGUACUCCGCGGCAUUUAACUACGGAGGCAGCGCGGAGCAAAUGGAGGCCCUAAUCAACAACGCGGAAUACUGCGAGCAGGAGGCGGCUUAUCACUGCAAACAUUCGCGGCUCCUUAAUUCUCCAAGUGGAAACCCGUACACGUGGUGGAUCGGAAGAGGCAACGAGAGACACACCUACUGGGGCGGGUCCCUGCCUGGGCAGUGCGCCUGCGGGAUGGAGGAGAGCUGCAUUGACAUGAGAUAUUACUGCAACUGUGAUGCCGACAGACAAGACUGGAUGAAUGACACGGGAUUCUUAACCUUCAAAGAACACCUGCCAGUCUCUCAGAUUGUGAUCACCGACACCAACAGAUCAGGUUCAGAGGUGGCCUGGAAAAUCGGUCCUUUGCGGUGCUAUGGAGACAGGAAUUUUUGGAAUUCUGCAUCUUUUAGCCCCAUCGUGUCCUACCUUUACUUUACUACUUUUCACUCCGACUUCAGCACCGACAUCGCCUUCUUCUUCAAAACUAGCAGCAGCUCCGGAGUCUUCCUGGAAAUCCUUGGGGUGAAAGACUUCAUAAGACUCGAGUUAGCCUCUCCCUACCAGGUGACAUUUUCAUUCGAUGCGGGAAAUGGGCCUAUGGAGGUUUCUCUGCUGUCCGUCACGGCCUUGAAUGAUGGUCAAUGGCAUUACGUCAGAGCCGAGAGGAAUAUUAAGGAAACCAGCCUUGUCGUGGAUAACCAGCCAAGGAAACUGGUGCAAACCCCGUUUGAUGGGCGCUUACGACCGCUACAGAAUGCUCAGCUCUAUGUGGGUGGGACUGCAUCCAAACAGAGGGGCUUUGUGGGGUGUAUCCGUUACCUCCAACUGAAUGGCCAGACAUUUGAUCUGGAGGAAAAAGCCAAAGUCUCUCCAGGGAUCAGGCCGGGCUGUCCUGGCCAUUGCAGUAGCUAUGGAAACCUUUGCCACAACAACGGAAAGUGUGUGGAGAAACGCAAUGGAUACACCUGCGACUGCACAAACUCCGCCUUUGAGGGACCUUACUGUAAGAAAGAGGUUUCUGCAAUGUUUGAAGCUGGGACCUCGGUCACCUAUGUUUUCCAGGAGCCGUACCCAGUGUCCAGGAACGCCAGUGCCUCAGUCUCAGCGAUAUACGCGGACACAGUGAUAUCCAGGGAAAAUAUCGCCUUCAGCUUUCUAACAGCUCAAGCUCCGAGCCUCUUACUCUACGUCAACUCCUUCUACCAGGACUACCUGGCUGUACUGCUCUGCAGGAAUGGUAGUUUACAAGUGAGAUACAAAAUUGGCAAAGACGGGAUGUAUGUGUUUACGUUAGACUCGAAAAGACUGGACAACCGAAAGCUGCACCAUGUAAAAAUCAACAGAGAAGGGAAGGAACUGAUGAUCCAGGUUGACAAGAUAAUAAAAGAGCGACGUAAUUUUUCUUCGGAUAUUUACUUCAAAGCCAUCAGAUCUCUGACGAUGGGAAAAGUUUUAGAUAAUCCAAGACUUGAUCCUGAGGUGACCAAAGCCAAUUCCUUGGGUUUUAUCGGAUGCCUAUCUUCCGUCCAGUACAACCAGGUGGCCCCCCUUAAAGCAGCACUGCGACACCCCAACAUAGCCCCAGUCACCGUGAUUGGGUCAUUGUCUGAGUGUACUUGUGGUUCCAUCACAGACAGCGACCUCAGCACAAUCACAACAACAUAUUCAUCCUCAGAUCCAUUCGGGAAUACGGACGACCGGGAGCCCCUGACCAAUGAAAUGAAAAGUGGUCCUGUUGUCAUUGGAGGUGUCAUAGCGAUCACAAUAUUUAUCAUAUUUUGCAUUGCGGCAAUAAUGAUCAAGAUCGCGUACCGACAUAAAAAGCGACACGGCAAAAGCCAAACCAGAGAAAAAGAGUACCCGGUGACCACGGACUAUUCCUUCCGGAACGAGAUGGACUUACAGAACACAGUCAGCGAGUGCAGAAAGGAAUAUUUCAUUUGAUAGAGCGGAUUUCUAUGACCUUAUAUUCUCCUAAUUUUUUGGGGCUGUUUUUAGCUGAAUUUACAGCAUUUUUCCUCCGGAGUUAUAGUUUUUUCACGCAGGACUUGACUUGGCCUUCUUAAUGGGCGAGACGCCUUUAGCGGAUAUUUCGGCUAAAGUUUAGGAAGCACGCUUUUUUUUUUUUGCCUCGGGAUCCACUGAAGCGCACCGUUUCUGGAACAGGUUUUACAAUCUAUUUUCUACAGUCUCGUAAAUAUAUAUAUAUAUAUGUGCCUCAUGGUCUUCAAGAAUCAAAUCUUUAGCCCGCUGCUUCAACUCCAAGCUCUCUGAAGUCAAUGAUGGAUUGGCCGGCCUGUUGAACCACCAAAAAAAAAAAAAAUGUGGUGCCGCAUGGAUUUCCAUACAGAUGUUACUGAGGUCAGAUGAUAGUAUUGACGUAUUUCUAACUCCAAUGGUGCCACCUAAAAAAAAACAAAAAACAUUU